AAAUACAAAUAAAUAAAUAAAAAAGUGAAUGAAAAAUUCAACACAUGAAAGGAAACACCAAAUACAAUCGCCUUAAGCAAAUAAACGACAGCCAGCGGCCAGUGAAGCGUGCUGAGAUCCAGAGAUCUCGAUUGAGCAAUUGGAAUCGAGAUUCGCUUUCGCGCUCAUUAGUUGGCUGGGUAGGGCGGGCGCCACGCCUCAACGCAUGAACGCCUCCAAUGUCCAUGGCAAUUAAUUGGCUGCCAAGCAAAACCUGAGCACGAAUUGAUGAACAAAAGUAAAGCAAAUUAAUGAAACUCGCUGCUCUCUCCCAUACGUAUCUGUGUAUGUAUAUGUGUGUGCGUGUGCAUGUGCGUGAGUGUGUGCAUGUGCGAACACAGUGAACGCAGCCAAGCAUCGCUGGCAUUUAUACACCCGCACAAAUAAGUCUGCGCUCGCGUGCUGUCAUAAUUUAUCACAAUUGUCAACGUCUGCCAUAAGUUGGCCAGCAGAGUGAAAGAGAACGAAAUCGAGAGAUAGAUAGAGAGAGUGAGAGGGGGAGAGAGUGCUGUGUGCAAGUGCAUUCAUAGCUUCCAAACUGCAGCUGCAAAUCUUUCAACAUUACAACAAAAGCAACUCGAACUACACAAAAAUAAAUAAAAACAAAUUCAUCAAAUUCGUCAAAUUCUUCUUCUAUUGUGUUUUUUUUUUUCUUAUGACUUUCUCUCUGUGUGUUUUGGAUAAAAAGUUAAAGUACAAAUCGCUUUGCUUCGUACCCGGAUAAGCCCAUCAAAAAGGAGCUAAGGCCAGAGCCAGAGUCAGAGCCAGAACAGACGAAAUAAACUUUUUCUUUCUGGAUUUCGCAAAGUUCUAUGCUAAAACUUGCGAAUUAAGUUCAAGUUUAUGUUCGGACGGCUGCUUUAAGGAACAGCAAUAAUUUUUUUGCCGGCUGAGGGACGUCUCCAAUCCGCCAUGCCGAGAAGGCAAUAAAAGUGCAAAUAAACAUGUAAAAGGACAUUAAGAUUCCCGUGGCAGCAGGACUCGCUUUCGAUUUGAAAGCAGCUGAGGGCAAACAAGCAGCGGCUGACUCACAUCCAAAUGCCAUUUGAAAUGUGCCUUUUAUGGGCCAAGUUGAAGACGAUAGCGAACUAAAGGCGCGUUGGCGCUUCAUUAAAGUCAAAAGCGGAAACGCCAGCGGAAACGGAAAUAGCCAACAACAGCUCAAACAAAACGCGCUCACGCAUACACCCACACAGACUGACUGAGGCAUUUGUCUAUUGGCGCCCAGGCAACCUCAUGUAUUGCCCUAGCUGUUGGUCUAUUCGCUUUUCGUUUCGUUCCUUUGACCCUUUGGAGAAACUGAAGAGCGCGCCAUAAAUGACGAAAAGUUCAUUCGUUCGACUACAGCGCGAUGACUACAAUACAAUUUUUAAUACCAGCAAGCGACAUGGCAACUGCAACUGCAACUGCAACAGGAACCACAAAAAUGCGAUUCACAACUUCAGGAGUAGCCACAUUCGCCAAUUGGCAAAAACAACCAGAGCAACAAGAACGACAACGACCACGACAACAACAACAACAGCAACUAGAACACAACACACAUCGAAAAUCACGAACGCGAACGGCGCUGUUCACAGGGAAAACGGUUUCAAUUGUCGUUUCGAUGAUGUUUUUGCUGUUGCUACAGCAGCCGACGGCGAUUCGAGCGGAAGAGGAAUCCCAGGAUUUUCAAAAGAACAUACCCGCACGCCUGGUUUGGGCCGCUGCCGGCAAGACCGUGGAGCUGCCUUGCGACCUGACGCCACCCACGCCGCAGGACUCGGUGAAGCUGCUGCUUUGGUUCAAGGAUACCACUGGCAUACCGUUAUACAGUCUGGACUCGCGGGGCGGCAACGUCAAGCUGGCGCCACAUGCGGCCAUAGCUAGCGAUCUGGGUCAGCGUCUGUUCUUCAGUAUUGGCGAUAAUCCCAAGGAUUCGCGGCUGCAGAUUAAGGACGUUAAGCCCGAGGAUGGCGGCGUCUAUCGUUGCCGCAUCGACUUCUUCAACUCGCCCACGCGCAACUUUCGCCACAAUCUGACGCUCGUUGUGCCGCCUGAGGAGCCGCGCAUCUUUGAUGCUCAGGGCAAGGAAAUCUCUCAAUUGGCUGGGCCAUUUCGUGAGGGUUACGAGCUGUUCCUCUGCUGUCAAGUGAGAGGCGGGCGACCGCCGCCGAAGGUCACCUGGUGGCGCGAUGGCAACGAGCUGAUCGGCACCAGCCACACGUCCGUGGAGGAGGGCGCCACGGUUAUGGUCAACCAGCUGCUGAUUGGCACCACGACGCGGGACUAUUAUGGGGCGCGCAUUGAGUGCCGAGCGCAGGGCACACGCCUCCUGCAGCCCGUCACCAAGGAUGUCACCGUCCAGGUGCACCUGAAGCCCAUUCGCGUCAAGAUCAUAACGCCCAAUGACCUGCUCACGGCGGGGCAUCCGAUUGCCAUACGCUGCGAGUCCUGGGGCUCCUAUCCGGCGGCCAAGAUUGUCUGGCUGCUGGACGGCGAGCCCAUACGCAAUGCCGAGGUGACUCUCAACAACGACAAAGAGGAUGCCAACAUAACAACGAGCAUUCUGACACUGAAGGUAACAGCGGAGAACGACAAUGCGGAGCUGACGUGCCGUGCAUCGAAUCCCUGGUUCUCCGGCGGCGCCAUCGAGGACAAGCGCAUCAUACGGGUGGCAUACCCGCCCACCGUCUCGGUGCACUUGGCCAACGAGGACCCCAGCCGCAUGGUUACCCGAGCCGAGGGCCAGAACGUCACAUUCAAAUGUCGAGCAGAUGCCAGGCCACCUGUCACCAGCUACUCCUGGUUCAAGAACGGCAUGCGUAUGUCUGGCGAGAGCACGGAAAUCAUGCACCUGACGCACCUGGAGCGAGAGAGUGCAGGCGCUUACGCCUGUGGGGCAACGAAUACGGAGGGCGAGACGCGCAGCUCCAGCCUCACGCUGAAAGUACAGUUCUCGCCGCGCUGUAAGCCGGGCUCGGAGCAGACAUCCAUUGGCGCCAUUAACAUGCACUCCAUACAGGUGAAGUGCGAAGUGGAUGCCGAUCCGCCAGAGUCGGUCAAAUUCAGCUGGACCUACAACAAUACGCGCAAUGUGUCGCCGGUGCUGAACUCCCGGAUACAAUCGAAUGGACUGACCAGCACUGUGACGUAUCUGCCGCAAACCGACUCCGAGCUAAUAACACUGGCUUGCUGGGCCAGCAAUGCGGUGGGCCGGCAGACGGUGCCAUGUCUCGUGCACAUUCUGCCAGCAAAUGCACCAGAGGCGCCAAAGGCCUGCGAACUGCGCAACGAUACCGUCCUCGAGGUGGUCUGUGUGGCCGGCAGCGACGGCGGACUCACCCAAUACUUCAUGCUGGAGGUGGUGGGCGGGGAUUUGCUGUACGCCAGCGAGUCGGCGACGGGCAAGGGCCAGUUCGGCGACACGAAUGGCCAGGUCGACAAUGAGCUGUCCACGCUCAACGAUCAGGCUACAUCUGCACCCAUCUUCCGCAUGCAGGAGAACAGUCCACAAUUUCGUUUGAAUAAUUUAGAGCCGGGACGUGAAUAUCAAUUUUUAGUUUACGCCGUCAACGCAAAAGGACGCAGCGAGCCGCCGGUGGUGAUUGAACGUGUGCGAGUCGCCGCCCAACUGGGACCAUAUGAUGAAUCUAUACUCUCGGAGGAUCCGACGCCCGCGGAAACCACGCAUCAUGUGGGCGGCAGCGGCAGCAGCGGCGGUGGCCCAAGCGGCGUCGGCGCCGGCGCCAGCAUCGCCAGCGGCCCAGAGAAGGAGUCGACGCUGCUCAUACUAGCCGCAGUCGUGGCGAUAGGCGCCGUCAUUGUGACGUCAAUUAUCGUGGCUGGCAUUGUAGUUGUCUGUCGGCAUCGGCCGCGGCCACCUGAGCCGCAGGAGGUGCGCAAGAGCAUGCGGCCGGCGCGCAACGAUGUGCCCUCCAUGUACAUUGAGGAGGACGAGCUGAACGAGCUGGAGGAGGGCGGCGGCCGGGCAGCAGAGAUACGCGCCCGCAUCACACCUGCCAGCUCGCACCUGUGCCACGGUGCUGGAGCCAUGAGCGCCACCGGUGGCGGCAGCGGCGUCAGCGGCGGAAUCGUGGGCGUCGGCGGGCCACAUCACUACAUCUCCGAGAGCUUCAUCCAGUACGCGCAGCCCAGUCUAAACGGCGACGUGCUGCUACCUUUGCUUGUUACUGCCAGCCAGCCGACUAGCCGCUACCACCGAGCCGUUGCCCCGCUCACCCACUCGGCCACAAUGUCGGACGUGGUCGUGGCCAUGCCCCACCCGACUGCCGCAAAGCUAUGUGCAACGGCUGCCGAUGCAGCCGCCUGGCCGCCCGAAUACCCAGAUCUGAUAUUGCCGCGCGGCGAAUUGGAAUUUACGACUCUGGAUCCCACGCUGAAGUAAUUGUAAAAUGUAAUAAUACCUAACCGCAGCGCAUACUACAUAGCCACGCCCAUAGCCCCACACGCCCAGUCCGUCUCAUGCUGCACCACGCGAAGAUAAACGAGACGUCGCCACGUCGUACAUUAGCCAAAAUAUUAUUGAUGGCCAUCUCAUUUUACCUAGCUGUAAAUUUUUAGCCUAAAUUUAAAUAUAUUAAUGUCAAAGGUAAACGCACACGCAUGCAUAUUUAUAAAUCUAUAUUUACAUGUGUGUGUCUGUCUGUCAUACACAUGGGAUAAGCCCUUCUUUUUGUAUAAGUGUCGGACGAACUGCAAAAGCAAAAAUCAAACACAAAUAGAAACCAAAAAAAAAAAAAGAAACAAAAACAAAAACAAAAACAAAAGGAAACCAAAUCGGCUUUGCCACUCUAUAAAUACACUGCAAUCUUGUAACUGAAAUCAAAACUUGAAUAUUGUAAAUACUAUUAAAUACUCCACACACAUACACCCACACACACACUCACAUUUUUAUACAAAGAUAAAUACUAGAAUAGCGAGCGAUUUCAGCAGGCGCCAACUACUGUACAUAGAUAAGGGAGAGUCAUGAAUCAAAUCGCAUUUAACUGUUAAAUUCUAAAUGUAAUUGAAAUAAAUAAGUCAGUUAUUAAACUAGUUUUAAGGCCAGGCCGAGUCGCUGUGGGCCAACUGUGUGUCUGUGUGUAAUUCAAGUAUUCAAAUUGUAAUUAAACUCGAAGGAGGAGCAGAACGAGAAGCAGACGAGAGCCAAACGCUAAAUCAAAUCUCAUCAAAAUUAAGUAAGCAGCUAGCAUUGUAACUAAGUAAAGUACUCAACGUAUGCUAAGGUCGAAACGAAAUGUUUAUAGGAGAAUAUUCGAGUAGCCGAUCUCGAGAGCCCAGAGUUGCUCACAUUUGCAAACACUUUGAAUUUAUUAGCCACUCAUGGACGUUAUGCACUCGCCUUUCGAGAGCCAGAACAUGAAUUUAUAGCAACAGAAUCAAUAUCAGAAUUGUUAAACGUCAGUCAGUUAGCCCGGCAGCAGAGCAGGGAAAUUCUUUCAAACUCGAUUUCUGAGUGGCCUCAAUGGGAAUGUCAAACUGGCUGGA